AAAAAUUUUGAAUUCAAAAUUCAAAAAAGUGUUGAGACAAAAAAAGUGAAAUCCAAAAAAAAUUUUGAAAAUAUUAUGAAAAAUUAAUAAAAAAAUAAGAAGAAGAAGAGGAAAAAGAAGUUUGAAAAUGUUGAAAGUUUUUAAGCAAAUCCCCCUACCCAUGACGGCCCUGCUGGGGCUGCUGUCGUUAAGCAUUUGCCUGACCGCCGGCCAGGAACGUAAUGUCAUCCUGGAAACCCUGGAGUUUUUGCGUCGCGGCCAACAAGAUGUGGAGCUGGAGAACUAUGACAAUCGCUACGAAAUGGAGGGAGAAUAUGAUUUUAUUGUGGUGGGUGCCGGCACGGCGGGUUGUACCCUGGCUGCCCGUCUCUCCGAGAAUCCCAAGUGGAAGGUAUUGCUGUUGGAAGCUGGUGGCCCAGAGCGUUUGAUCAUGGAUGUACCCAUUGUGGCCCAUUUCCUGCAGCUGGGUGAAAUGAAUUGGAAAUAUCGCACCCAACCUUCGGAUCAUGCCUGUCUGGCCAUGAACAACAAUCGCUGCAAUUGGCCCAGAGGUAAGGUCAUGGGUGGCUCCUCGGUCCUGAACUACAUGAUGUACACACGAGGCAAUCGCCGGGACUAUGAUCGUUGGGCGGAGCUGGGUAAUGAGGGCUGGAGUUUUGAGGAUGUUCUGCCCUAUUUCAAGAAAUAUGAAGGCUCCACUGUGCCCGAUGCCGAUCCCGAUAUGGUGGGUCGCAAGGGCCCCGUGCGUGUAUCCUAUGUCAAUUGGCGUUCCAGCAUUGCCAAUGCCUUUGUAGAGGCUGCCCAACAGGAUGGCCUGAGAUAUCGUGACUACAAUGGCCACAUCCAGAAUGGAGUCUCGUAUCUGCACACCACCACCUAUAACUCGACUCGCUGGAGUUCGAAUCGUUCGUAUUUGUAUCCGCUGAAGGGAAAACGCCCCAAUUUGCAUGUCAAGAAAAAUGCCCUGGUCACCAAGGUUCUGAUUGACCCCACCACCAAGACGGCCUAUGGUGUUCUCGUGAGUACCGAUGGCCAUGAACACAAAAUCCUGGCCCGCAAGGAGGUGAUUGUCAGCGCGGGAGCCAUCAACAGUCCCCAGUUGCUAAUGUUGUCCGGAGUGGGUCCUGCCAAACAUCUCAAGGAAAUGGGCAUUAAGCCUUUGGCGGAUUUGGCUGUGGGCUUCAAUUUGCAGGAUCACACCGCCCCUGCUGUGACCUUUACCACCAAUGCCACAUCUCUACAUUUCGAGGACUUUGCCCAACCCACCUGGCUGAAUCGUUUCAAUCGCCAGGAAGGACCCUAUGGCUCUCCCGGUGGCUGUGAGGCCAUCGCCUUUUGGGAUCUGGAUCACCCUGAACUGGAAGAUGGUUGGCCAGAUAUUGAGUUGUUCUUGGUAGGUGGUUCCAUGUCCUCCAACCCCGCCAUUUCCCGGGCCUUUGGCUUGAAGAAGAAAAUCUAUGACAACAUGUUUGCCGAAAUCGAAGACCGUAACCUCAAUGCCUUCAUGAUCUUCCCCAUGAUCCUGAGACCCAAAUCCCGUGGUCGUAUCAUGCUCAAAUCCACCGAUCCCUUCAAAUAUCCACUCAUCUUUGCCAACUACUUUAAUCAUCCCUAUGAUGUGGAUAUCUCUGUGAGAGGUCUGCUCAAGGCCAUUAGCCUGAUGAAUCAGCAAGGUUUCAAGAAAAUCGAUGCCAAAAUGUGGGACAAGCGUGUGCCCACCUGCAAGCAGCACGAAUUCCAGUCCUAUGCCUAUUGGGAGUGUUAUGUCAAGCAUUUCACCUUUACCAUCUAUCACUACUCGGGUACCUGUAAAAUGGGUCCCAAAUCGGAUCGAGCCGCCGUUGUGGAUCCCCGCCUGCGAGUGUAUGGCAUCAAGAAUUUGCGUGUGGCCGAUGCCAGUAUUAUGCCCGAAAUUAUGUCUGGCCAUCCCAAUGGACCGGUCUUCAUGAUUGCCGAGAAGGCGGCGGAUAUGAUCAAGGAGGAUCAUGGCUUUAAGCAGUGAGACAGAAGAAGGUAUAAAAACAUUCACGCACAAAUUCGGGGGGUAACUUCAUCAAUGGGGUAAUAAUUUUAGAUUAACACCUGAGCAGAGGUUUCAGUUCAAGGCCCCCUUGAAGGAGGGGGAAUGUAGGAAACCAGUUUUUUUGCUAAGAAUUCCAAAUGUUGCUUAGGCAUGUAGUUUAGCUUUAGAAUAUUUUUGGCAAAUUAUUUUUGCAGGCCACCAAAAAUACAGGACCUAAGAAGAGGAAGCCUGAAGUUUAGGUGAAAAAAAAAUUCACAGUAAUUCAGAAGAAAAAAAACACCAAAGUAUUUUUUGUGGCAGAAUUCAAGUAGAAAUCAGCUAGGGGGCAGAGGUAGACAUCAUGGGUGCCUUAUGGCCAAAAAUCAGAAAUUUUUUUUUGAGAAAUGUCAGUAAAAAUUUGGAUUUUAGCCUUGAAGUGCAACUUGAUGCCUAUUCUGGCCCAAAUUCCAUGCUGAUUUAGUGCUUGAAAAUAGUUAUAGGAAUUAUAGAAUUAUAGGAUUUUUUUAUUGAGCCCAACAGUAG